AUGAUCAUGAGCUCGUAUUUGAUGGAGUCUAACUACAUUGAUCCGAAAUUUCCUCCAUGCGAGGAAUAUUCGCAAAAUAACUACAUCCCCGAGCAUAGUCCAGAAUAUUACAGCCGCGCAAGGGACACUGGCUACCAGCAUCACCAUCAGGAGUUAUAUCCUCCGCGGGCGAGCUACCAAGAGCGCCAGUUUAACUGUGCAAGCAUCCCUGAACCUGACACGCCAAGGGGACAUGGAAUACCCCAUUCUGCGCAUCUACUGACAGGGAAAGGGCAACCUGCUUCAUGUGAAACCCCACAGUUGUCCAUGUCCCCCGCCACCCCACCGGCCGCAACCUCCGCCUGCAACCAAGCUACCCCGGAGCAUCCAAACAGCACAGCCUCCUCCAAACAGCCUGUGGUGUACCCAUGGAUGAAGAAAAUUCACGUCAGCACUGUGAACUCUGGUUACAAUGGGACGGAGCCCAAGCGGUCUAGGACAGCAUACACCCGGCAGCAAGUCUUAGAAUUGGAGAAGGAAUUCCACUAUAACCGAUAUUUAACUCGGCGGAGGCGCAUCGAGAUCGCACACACCCUGGUUCUCUCCGAGCGGCAGAUUAAAAUCUGGUUUCAAAACCGCAGGAUGAAAUGGAAAAAGGAUCACAGGCUCCCGAACACCAAAGUGAGAUCCUCCUCCUCUUCCUCCGGGUCCAACACAAGCUCAGCAGCCGGCGCUGUUGCCGCUGCCUCGGCCACUAACACCGGGGCCCCCGACGAACUUACCGGAGCUCAGCAUGGCGAGGAUAUUACCAGGUUAUAA